UUCUUAUUAAGUGUAGAAGUAAAGUCACUACAAGAUAAAAUACAAAUACAAAUAAAGCAACUAAUUAUUAGUUACGUGUCUAUCAAUCAUGAGCAAAAUUCAGAAAUUUCAACAAAGAUAUUAGUUUGUACCCACCGAACGAGCGAGUUGAACAAUGUUUUAGAGAGAUUUAACGCUGAGGUAAAAAAGCAAGACGGGAAAGAUUAUGAGCCAACAACACUGGCGAAUUUACUAGCAGCUAUUGAAAGAAAAUUGAAAGAAAACAAUUAUAAAGUUUCAAUUUUGACAGAUAGAGCUUUUAAGGGAUCAAGGGAUGUAUUGGAGGGGAAAGCGAGGCUACUACGAGAAAAAGGCAUGGGUAAGAAGCCACAUAAAGCAGCUUGCUUGACUAAUGCCGAAGAAGUAGUAAUCUGUGGACAAUUAGGUAUUCAUAACGCCCAAUCAGUUGUAAACUCACUCUGGUUUUUAUUUACACAACACUUUGGUUUGCGUGGCCGUCAAGAACACCACACCAUGCGAAUCGAAGAUUUUACAUUCAAAAUAGACAACAAUGUCAAUGAAUGUGUUACUUACGCCGAGGGAGUAACCAAAAUUAGACAAUCUGGCCUGCAUAAGAAAAAUAGAUUACCAAGUCCCAAAAUGUUUGCGACGAAGACACAGAGAUGUCCAGUUGGUAUUUUCAUGUCCUUAGUUUCAAAAUGACCCGCUGAAUACAAGACGUGUGGACCGUUUUACCUGGCUAUCAUACACAAUCCAUCCAACAAAAAUGUUUGGUUUAAAAAAUCUGUCAUGGGUGUAAAUUCUAUUAACAACAUCAUGAAAAACAUAAAAAUUAAUUCUCCGUUACAAAACGUGGAUAAGAAAUUAACAAAUCAUUCUGCACGGAAAACUGUUGUGAAGAAAUUGAAAAGUAGCAGAGUACCAAGGAGUACCAAUUAGCUACUGGUCAUCGUAAUGAGGUUGGCUUGGAUGACUAUUACUCUGGCGACGAAUUCUAACAACGUAAAAUAUCAUUCGCUAUUAAUCGCUCACAUGAUACACCUAUCCAAGAAAGUCACCCAAACAGAUUUCUUUUAACCUCUGCUCAAAUAGAAGAAUUGCGAAGAAGUGAUUUUAAACCAAAUUUUAAACUUCUGCACAAUGACAUUUGGCAAACAUCUAGCUGGGAUUACAUUGCACACGAAAAUAAAACACCUGUACAGUUAAUUUUGGUGGCAUACCUGCUGUAGCCACAAGUGGUAAUACAUCCUCUGUUACUUCGGUUUCAAAAAGAAAGAAGAAUUAUUUACUCGAAUAGUGAAAGUGAAUAAGUAGCGAGAUGCUAAACUGUUUCCAUGAAAAUAGAUUCUUGUACAAUAUUCUUGUAGUUUUAUAAAAAGGCUCGUGGAAUAUGUUAAGAGAACAUAAAAAAACUCAAAAAAACAUUGCUGAUAUUUUUUUCGGCACUGUGCAAUAACUAAUAGUUAUUGAAUAUAGUUGACAUUACAUAAAAAACAAAGUAAGCAUAUAUUAGGUUCCGGAUAAUUGAUGGUCGCUGAUAUGGUACUCUUCUGCAAUGUUAACUUUAUCUUUUCUGUUUGUUCUACUUCCUCAAACACAGAAUUC